CGCUGCUCCCUCCUCACCGGCCGCCGCUCGCCCUUCUCCGACCGCCGCUCGCAGCGCAUCUAGGGGUAGUAUAGCUUGGAGUAGAGCACCCGCGAUGGAUGGAGACGGCUUCGACGUUUGGGGUUCGCAGCCAUCGGCAAGCGGCCCUGCUACCCAUGCCGGUCUCGACCUCAACUCGCAAGCACCGGUGUCGGAGGGGUUCCCGGGGCUUGGGCUCUACGGAGCCUUCCUCCAGAGCGAUGAUGACGAGCUCCUCCCUGGGCGCGUCAGGGGCUCCGGGCUCCCUCCCUAUCGCCCACCCUACGCCCGGCGACUGAACUUCGGCGGCUCCUCGGCGGCGGCAGCCAGUCGCGGAGGAGGAAACGGUGGCGUGUUCCUUGGCGGGUCGUCGUCGGGGGUAGGCGGCGGUGUUCGGCAGCGCGCCAACUCGGCCGCCGCGGCACCUAGCCGCCGUAACCAGCGCACCGGCACGGCGUUCAGUGGCGGCGACGUUCGGCAGCGCGCCAACUCGGCCGCCGCGGCACCCAGCCGCCAGGCACCGAGGAGUGCUGUCCGUGCGCAAGCAUCCGGCUCUGGCGCUCCCUUUGACAAUGGUGAUGAAGAAUUGAAGGAUGACGUGGAAGAGUUUGCGAGCUCCGGAGGUCCCUCGAAUUGUGCAUUGAGCAACGUGCAGCAGGAACAUAUAAUGGUGUAA